AUGCUGUUCUGGCACACGCAGCCGGAGCACUACAACCAGCACAAUUCCGGCAGCUACCUGCGUGAUGUGCUCGCUCUGCCCAUCUUCAAGCAGGAGGAGCCCCAAUUGUCCCCUGAGAAUGAGGCCCGCCUGCCUCCUUUGCAGUAUGUGCUGUGUGCUGCCACCUCCCCAGCCGUGAAGCUGCAUGAGGAGACUCUGACCUACCUCAACCAAGGUCAGUCUUAUGAAAUCCGACUGCUGGAGAAUCGCAAGUUGGGAGACUUUCAAGAUCUAAACACAAAAUAUGUCAAGAGCAUCAUCCGCGUGGUUUUCCAUGACCGUCGGCUGCAAUACACUGAGCAUCAGCAGCUGGAGGGCUGGCGAUGGAGCCGGCCUGGGGACCGGAUCCUGGACAUUGAUAUUCCACUGUCUGUUGGUAUCUUGGACCCCAGGGCCAGCCCAACCCAACUGAACACCGUUGAAUUUUUGUGGGACCCUUCAAAGAGAGCCUCUGCAUUCAUUCAGGUGCACUGUAUCAGCACAGAAUUCACCCCUCGGAAGCAUGGGGGUGAGAAGGGAGUGCCUUUCCGAGUACAGAUCGAUACGUUUAAGCAGAACGAGAACGGGGAAUACACUGAACACUUGCACUCCGCCAGCUGCCAGAUUAAGGUGUUCAAGCCAAAGGGAGCUGACAGGAAACAGAAGACUGACCGGGAGAAGAUGGAGAAAAGAACCAUCCAAGAGAAGGAGAAAUACCAGCCUUCCUAUGAAACCACCAUCCUCACAGAGUGCUCCCCGUGGCCCGAAGUGGCCUACCAAAUGAACAGCGUCCCGUCCCCAAGCUACAAUGGUUCUCCAAAUAGCUUCGGCGUUGGUGAAGGCAACAGCUCUCCGACACACCCUGUGGAGGCCCUACCCCUGGGCAGUGACCACCUGCUCCCCUCGGCCUCCAUCCAGGAUGCCCAGCAGUGGCUUCACCGCAAUAGGUUCUCGCAGUUCUGCCGGCUCUUCUCCAGCUUCUCGGGUGCUGACUUGCUGAAGAUGUCUCGAGACGAUUUGGUCCAGAUCUGUGGGCCUGCAGAUGGGAUCCGGCUCUUCAAUGCCAUCAAAGGCAGGAAUGUGAGGCCAAAGAUGACCAUCUAUGUCUGUCAGGAGCUGGAGCAGAAUCGAGCUCCCCUACAGCAGAAACAGGAUGGCAGCGGAGACACCAGUCUAUGUGUGUAUCACGCCAUCUUCCUGGAAGAGCUCACGACCUUGGAGUUGAUUGAGAAGAUCGCCAACCUGUACAGCAUCGCCCCCCAGCACAUUCACCGAGUGUAUCGUCAGGGACCCACGGGCAUCCACGUGGUGGUGAGCAACGAGAUGGUGCAGAAUUUCCAAGAUGAAUCAUGUUUUAUCCUCAGUACCUUAAAAGCCGAGAGCAAUGACGGCUACCACAUCAUCCUGAAAUGUGGCCUCUGAGCAGAAGAAGUAGCGGUGCAGCUAUUUUCAACUCUCAGCCCCACGGGACCCCUUUGGAUUAGAAACUGCCCCACUGUAAGCUGCGACUUCACCCAGCAAGCUGAGGCUGGGAGGGACCUUACCUGACCCGUGAAAGCUACAGACCAGCAACCAGCACAAGCCCUCGGAUGAACAGUCUCUGGCGCACAGAAGGCCAGUGACGCGCCUGUCCCUUCCUCUUGGCCUUCAGCUUUGUGCUUUCCCCCAGCCCCGCCAUUCGAGACAUAGAAGGCAAAACCCUCUAAAACCCUCUCACCCUCACUUAGAAACUAGUUCACUGGGUCGCCUGUGUUGGUCCCUUUCAACCACUCCUGCCUCCAGAAAACCUGUCUCACUCCGCACCUUCUCUGGCACUGGCUCUGGGAGCAGCACCGCUGAUUUGGGGUGCAGGUUGCCCUCUUCGGCCUCCCUGUUGCUGUCCCCCUCAGUGGCCCUGCUGCGUACUUGUCUUUCCUGGGCUUGCACGGGUUGAUGGGAGUAGGUUUACUCUGUGCCUUCUGCUUCUUUCACUGUUACCUUCCUCCUCAGGUUCUGUGUCUGGGAGCCCAGAGGCGGGCUCAUGUCUCUGCGCUGAUGGGACACACAGCACAGUGUGCGGCUGAGCCUGGCACACAGUCCCAGGCCUGCCUGGUCUUCGGGAGGGCGAGGGGGGCAGAAAGACCACCUUCACGCACAUUCACAUGAGUCUUAAAGGGAUGAGAGCAAAAUGGUUCCUCUUGAGCGAAUGGUAUGAUUUUUUUCCUCCUAAGUAACCUUGGGUAAGGAGAGCCAGGAAACGGGCCUUUUGUUGAUCAGCUGAUACCAGGUCCUCUUGGAGGGCCUUAGUCAAGCCCUGUCUAGUUAAUCACUGUGAAGCUCGCCAGGCUCCCUAGGGACAUAGUGCUUUCUACGAGGAUCCACUACAUUUACACGCUUAUCUUUUUUUUCAUUUGUAGUGUGUGUGGUCAGGGCAUUUGUCUGCGAGGCCAUGGUUGGGUCACCUUUCUUCAUGCUAUUAGCUGGGGAAAUUUCGUAGACUCUGCAGUCAGUCCUUGUCUUGGCUGCUUCCUGGAGCCAGUGAGCUAUACCAGAGCAGCAGAGAUCACUUGCCACUUCCUCUAAUUUGGGUUCAUUUUCCAAAGCAUGUUGAAACCAUACAAGCAAAUGAGCAGGAUUUCACAGCUCCUGAAGUGGGGCUUUGGGUGGAACAUAGGGUUGUGUCAAAGGCUGUGUCAAGAUAUAGAAACUGGGUAGACCUUGUUUUAUAGGUGGGGAAACUGAAGAUCAGAGGGCCAAAGCCACCUGCCUGGUGUCACACAGUGCCAGGGUGGUGAUGGAAAACUGUCAUUUUGACCAGGACACUGCUGAGAGGGGAGGAGCUCUGUUCAUAGUAAUGUUGGGACACAGGUGUGGUGUUUCACAGUGUAAAGAUAGGUUCUUAAAACUUCUUUUGUUGAGGGAGGGGUAGAGGGCUUAGGUGACAGCUGUACUGAGAUGUAGUUCACAUCCAUACAGUUUACACAUCUGUAGUAUUUAAUUCUGUGGCUUUGUAUAAAUUCUUCAAAUCACCAGUCAAUUUUAGAACAUUUCUUCACCCCUGGACCCUUUAGCAAUCACUUCUUACCUUCUCUCCCAUCUCCCUUAGUCCUAGGCAACCGUGAAUCUACUUCCCAGAUAGAUUUACUUAUUCUGGACAGUUCAUGUAUAUGCAGUCAUAUAAUAGAUGGUAUUUUGCGCUAGCUUUUUUCACUUGGCAUAAUGUUUUCAAGCACCAUCCAUGUUGAACAUGGCAAUCUUUUUUUAUAGCUGAGUAAUAUUCCAUUGUAUGGAUAGGCUACAUUUUGUAUAUCUACUCAUUCGUUGAUGGCUAUUUGAAUUGCUUUUACUUUUUGGUUACUAUGAAUAAUGCUACUAUGAACAUAUUUGUAUGAGUUUUUGUGUGCAUAUAUGGUUUCAUUUCUUUUGGGGAUAUACAUUGACAUGGAAUUGCUGGGACAUAUAAUAACUUUAACAUUUCGAGGAAUUGCCAGGCUAUUUUCCAAAGCAGCUACAUUUUACAUUAUUAUCAGCAGUGUCAGAGGGUUCCACUUUCUCGACAUUCUCACUAACACUUGAUAUUAUAUGUCUUUUCCAUUAGACUCUAGUGAGUAUGAAGUACUCUCUUAUCAUGGUUUGGAUUUCACUUCCUGAUUGCUGAUGGUGUUGAGCAGCUUUUCAUGUGCUUGUUGUCCACUGUCUUUGCCAUGACUUCCAAAUCCAGAGGUCUGGGGCUGAUGGUUCAGGCAAUCCCUCUAUCCCAUGUGUUCUGGACCUUGUCUUUUCCUAGAUCUUGUCUUCUCCAUGGCAGCAGUAGUUAAAAAAAAAAAAAUGUAAUCCUCAGAGGGAAAGAAGAUACUGUCAUGUCCUCAGGCCACCUUCUUGAACCAGAAACCCUUAAUGCUAUCAUGUUUCCUUGUUGGGCGAAUGUUGCAAGGUUGUGGUAAACCUUUUCCUGUUUACGGGUUGCACCUUUAUAAUAAAGGCAUGGAGCUUCUGAGUGAGAGAGCAAUAGGACCAGGUGAUCAGGAUAGAGUGGGGAAUUUGAAGUUUGGCUUGGGGUCCCUUUAAGCAAACAUCAUGGGUGCCCUUGUGACCUGCCCAGACAGCCUGCGGCUCCUUGGAUAGAGCUAUUAACCCAAAAGGGGCUCUGUUAGCUGCAGAGUAGAGCUGAGCGAGCAGAGCCACAUGUUUCCAGGUCCAGGGUGACUUCAGGGGCUGCUCUGAGUAACUUAAGUUCUGAAAAUCAUUAACAUGUUAGUGAAAAAAAAAAAAAAGGAAAAGUCUAUUUUUCACUUGUCAGUAGAGCAGAGGGAGGCUCUUAGAGAAGGUAGAAAAGCAGAGGAUGGGGCGGGGCCUCCGGGGGCAUUGGUCAUCAAAGGUUGAGGGUCUGAGGCUCUGGAGAAGUUGACAAGGGAACUAGAGUCACAGGUCCAUGGGCCCCAGGCCAGCGCUUGACUUGAGUCCCUGGGUCUGUCACUCUUCCCUUAAGUUAAGGACCCUUGGGGUGGCUCAGUCCUAUGGAGAAUCUGAGAGCUGAGGGGCUUUUGUCACUUCCCCUCCGUCAGUCCUCCCGGGGGCAGGCAGGCCAUGUGUGUGCACAUCUUGGCUGUCCAUAGAGCCAUUUGUGCGUUUUGCUUAGCUGUGACGCGCGCACCUUGACACAAGCACAGCCUCUCGGCCAUGUCUUAAGGAGCAGUCUAGCGCUGAAGAACUGGGCUGAAUAUUGCAUUUGUAGGUCUGGAUGGUCACAGAGUAUUCCCGGGUGGCCUGAGGCUGGCAGCCGUGGAGAGCAGCUCUGUAGCUGCGUGCUGCAUGUAGGGUAGUGUGCACAGAGGCUCCGCCCUCUCCUGGGUCUGUGUCCAUCUUGUCUGGAUGUGGUGGUCAAGCUGUUCUUUUAGGUGACCCUCCUGGUUUGGGCUCUAUUGAUGCGGCUCUUUAGGGUAAAGGUACUUUAGUGGAGGGCAACCCACACCCCAAGUAAGUCCCUUCCAGGGAGGAACACUGUUCUGGAAGCUGAAAUCUGACAAGGACUAAAAGCAAGCCUAUGGGCUUGGCCUCACACAUUCCCCUUGCAUCCACUUUCUCCCCUCUGGUCAUUGCUCUGUGAUUCUGCCAGUCAGCAGGAAGUGUUUGUACACCAACUCUGGUCACCCUCCCCUUGGGACCCCUUCCCUUUGCCCUCUGGGAACAGAGCAGUGGGACCUUCAGGUGGGGCCUGGCCUAGAGCCAUGGACAUUCAGUGAGACCUUGCUGGGGCCUGGGGGCAUUGAGGAUACUAGUCAGCGCGCUGCCGCUGGGCCUCCUUCCUGGGAUCCACUCAGGGUCCUCCCUAGAGCUCCUUCCUGUUUCUGCUAAACUCUCCAGACCUCUUUGCAAAGACUCCUGGGCUUUCCUCUUCCCCUCCCCUGCAGAUGAGUCUGAAUGGUGUGGCAAUGUUCCGGUAUAACCUCACCCUGUUCCACCCCCCACCAACAACUGCCACAUUGGGGACCUUCUGGGGCAGUGUCCAAGAAAUAGCUGUGAGGGCUGGACUAGCUGCUGUUCGGGACAGCUGAUGGCUGGAGGAGGCUGACCAGGUUGUUAUCUGGGCAAGCAAAUGUGUCCCUUUGCAAAGGGGCAGUGUGGAGACCAGUCCUUGGGCUUUUGUGGGUAAGCUGGUAGGUGACAGGGAGCUCUUUCAGCAGAACCAGCCCACUCGAUCACUUUGUACUGCCCCCUCCCCCACCUCCCCACCAGGAUCCACACAUGCUCAUCCGGGGCCAGACUGUAGCUGCUGCCCCUACUCACCCUGGCUCUGUGGUCUUUUUCAUAAUCGGGAACAUUAUUUUGAACCCAAUUAACUUUACCCCGUACCCCUCCCCCCAACCUCUCUCAAGAGUAGACCUGUAUUUGUAUUACAAAGAAAUGUACUCAGUUAUUAUCAGCAAAUAAGUUAUGGAAACUUCUGUUAGGCUGACAUCAGUUUGCCUCUUUACCCCGAAAGCCUCUAGUAUCUACUGUCCAGCCCUUUGCAGAUAACGUUUGCUACCCACUGAACUAGGCCUGUCGUUAUCCCAGACAGGACUUGUUUUGAGGAAGAUCCCAGACAAUAAGAAUUUCUUUAAAUAAUAAAAGCAUUUUGUUUUGCACUUUGAAAGUAGGAGAAGGCUUCAGCUCCACAGUCCGUGCGUCUCCCUGCCUGCUAGUCUUGCUCUCUUGGGGCCCAAGGAGGUCCCCAGCCAGAGAGCUGAUCUUUCGCCCUUCUCCCGCCUGUCUACCAUCCCUAGCGGCCUGGAGGGCCUUGGGGCUGGACCUUGCUCAGGGAGCUGCAUGUGGGGAGCACUCUGUGCUGGCGUUAAUGGGUCACUGAGUUGUGCUAGAUUGUGUCCUUCUUUCUGACCUGGGUGACCGGGACCUUUUCUGUGCCCAGAGCUGCCACCUAACCUUCACCUCUUACUGGCACCUUGAGGAACAUGAACCUCCUGGCUCCUCGAGGGUUCUAAGAACCCCUCCCUUGUUUCUGCUGCUUUUCCACCUGCAAAGGGAAAGGCUGGUGCUGCCUCAAGCUCUCGAUUGGGAGCCCCGGCUCUCCAUGAUGGUGUCACGGGCUCCAGUUUCAUGGUGUGGCCUCGGGAGAAGCUGGGUACCUCAAAUGCCAUCCCCUUUACUGGGGUCCAACUUGUAGCUGGGGUGGUCCCGCCCUCCCUGUUAGUUGACCUUUUGGGCUCUUGCUCCUUCCCCCUGUGCAGUGACUGGGAAUGGCCAUCCAGCCCUCCAUUAGAGAUGACCAUAGGGAACAGCGAGGCAGUGCUGGCUGGCCUUGCUGCUUCGGACUUAGUGCUUUUGCCAUUGUCACGUCUGAUCCCCACCCUGCUCUGGGAAUUGUGCAGCCCAGUUUUCCAGGUAAGGAAAUCCAGCCUGAGAAAUUAGAUCUGUGCCCAGGUCCACCCCAUGCUCUCCCAGAUGCAGGGAGGUGUGGAGGGUGGGGGGUCUUUCCUGUGUGGCUCCAGCUUUCAUUCUGAGUCCUGUCAAUGGGCUCAAUGCACCCUGGGGUGCAGGGAACACUGAUGGAGCUUGGUUGUUAAAGACAGAAAAGGAUUGUUUUGAAUGUCUCUCCCCACAGCCUCCCCCUUGCUGGGUAAUAACUUGGUUACUGUUUUCUCUAAUGUCAUGUAUUUAAAGUGAUUUCUUUCUUAAAAUACGACUUCCCCACCUAUCUCCAGAUUGGGUGACUUUUCUAGAGGUGGUGGGAGUAUCUUUUGGGGGUAUAUAGUCCUUGGGUGUGUCAGGUGGGAGUGAUAGGUCAUGGGGAGGUGGGCGUCAAGACAAGUUGUCACACUGCCACGUUGUUUUUGUACCUGAAAUAAAGCAUAUUUUGCACUUGUUACUGUACCGCUGUGCAGACGAGCAAUCUGUAUGUGGGGUCUGUGUUUG